AUGAAUUCAAGUGUAUCAAAGAGUGAUAGAGGUUGUGUAAUAUUUGAUCAUAUUUUCUUUUUUGUGGCAUUUUUUGCAACAAUUAUCGAUUUAAUUUCAUGCAAUCCACGACAAGAAAUUUGUAUACCACAUAACUGUCCCGAAGAAACUGAUUAUGUAUACUACACAUGCUGUGAAAAUCAGUGUUGUCAACGAUGGCGAGCAUGGGUUGUACCUGCUUUAUUUGCAUCAACCGCUUUCACUCUGGGUGCGUUCUUUGCAUUUUGCUUUCAAUGCCGUUGA